CUAGCGCUUGGUGGAUCAUCAACAUUGCUAUCAAUUUCGGUACGCUGGUCGUCGUGACAGCGCGGUGUUGGCCUUGGGCAGCAAGAAGCAACAGAAGCGUCGCAUUUGGAGCAUUGACCAUCGCGGCCGCGAAUUAGUCCGGUGUGAAGCGUUCUAGCAAGAGCACAGUGUUGUACGCCAGUUCGUCCGUAGUGUCGUUCGUGUAUCGUGCUUGAGAAAAGGUGAAAGAAAAUGGCAAACCCCAAGCAGGAGAUCAAAUACACCAAACUCUUCAUCAACAACGAGUUUGUCGAUGCGAAGAGUGGCAAAACGUUCGCGACGCUCAAUCCAGCCACCGAGCAGCCGAUCGUGUCCGUCGCCGAGGGUGACAAGGACGAUGUGGAGGCGGCGGUCCGGGCGGCCAAGGCCGCCUUCGCCCGGUCCGCACCGUGGCGCCAGAUGGACGCCUCGGGCCGCGGCCGGCUGCUGAACCGGCUGGCCGAUUUGAUGCAGCGCGAUAUCGAUACGCUCGCGAACCUGGAAUCGCUCGACAAUGGCAAAACGUUCGGCGACUCGCAGUUCGACAUUACGUGCGCGAUCGACACGUUCCGGUACUACGCGGGCUGGGCGGACAAGAUCCACGGCAGUACGGUGCCGUCGGACGGACCGGUUCUGACGUACAUCCGCAAGGAACCGGUCGGCGUCGUCGGGCAGAUCAUCCCCUGGAACUAUCCGAUCCUGAUGCUGACCUGGAAGUGGGCGCCGGCCUUGGCGGCCGGCUGCACGCUGGUGCUGAAACCGGCCGAACAGACACCGCUGAGCGCACUGCACAUGGCGGCGCUGUCGAAGGAGGCCGGAUUUCCGGACGGCGUGAUCAACGUGGUGAACGGGUUCGGGCCGACGGUCGGUGCCGCGAUCGUCGCCCACCCGGACAUCCGGAAGGUGGCGUUCACCGGGUCGGUCGAGACGGGCCGCAUCAUCCUGAGCGGGGCGUCCACGUCCAACCUGAAGAAGGUUUCGCUCGAGCUGGGCGGCAAGAGCCCGCUGGUGAUCUUCAACGAUGCUGAUCUGGACGAAGCCGUUGAAAUCGCACACAAUGCCAUCUUCGCUAACCACGGCCAGAACUGCUGCGCCGGUAGCCGCACGUUCGUGCAGGAGGGCAUCUACGAUGCGUUCGUGGCGAAGGCGGCUGAAAUGGCCCGCCAGCGCAAGGUGGGCGAUGCGUUCCAGGACGGCGUCCAGCAGGGACCGCAGGUGGACGAGGAGCAGUUCAAAAAGAUUCUCGGCUACAUCGAGUCGGCCCAGGCCGAGGGCGCCCAGCUGCAGGCCGGUGGCAAGCGUGCCGGUACGGUGGGCUACUUCGUGGAGCCGACCGUCUUUUCGAACGUGACCGACGGGAUGAAGAUUGCGCGCGAGGAAAUCUUUGGCCCGGUGCAGAGCAUCCUGAAGUUCAGCACGCUGGACGAGGUGAUCGAGCGGGCGAACAGCACCGAGUACGGGCUGGCGGCCGGUGUCGUCACCAAGGACAUCAAUACCGCGAUCACCUUCACGAACGCGGUCGAGGCGGGCUCCGUGUGGGUGAACUGCUACGAUUAUGUGGUGCCGACGACACCGUUCGGCGGCUACAAGCAGUCCGGAAGUGGCCGCGAGCUCGGCUACAGCGGCAUUGAGCUGUAUCUGGAAACGAAAUCCGUCACGAUCAAGCUGCCGGCGAAGGUGUGAGCGUGACGAUGUACUACUGGAAAAGCAGUGCAUUUUUUUUGUGAGCAUCUUCUGCGGCAAGUAAUAAAGUAACUGAACAUGCCCAUUUCGCAUCUGCAUCGUUCAGAGCGACGAA